AUGGUGUGGCUUCAACUUCAAUCUUCUUUCAUUUUCUCUCGUCCCAACUCCUUAUCAACACACAUUCAGCUUCUCCCAUCAAAGGACGCUCUACCUCAAGAGGUUGCGCGAGACUUACUCAACUUAUCCUUCCAUCUUGCCGACAACGAGUCCGUCGUCAAUAUGGGUUCCGUCGUAAUUCCUCACCUCGUUACUGGCUGGCACGUCGAUCAGGCUAUUCUCUCCGAAGACGAGCGCCUGGUGGUGAUUCGUUUUGGUCGUGACUGGGACCCAGACUGCAUGCGUCAAGAUGAAGUUCUCUACAAAAUCGCCGAUCGAGUCAAGAACUUUGCUGUCAUCUACGUCUGCGAUCUCGACCAAGUUCCCGACUUCAAGCAAAUGUACGAACUCUACGAUCCAGUUACUCUCAUGUUCUUCUUCCGCAACAAGCACAUGAUGUGCGAUUUCGGUACCGGUAACAACAACAAGCUGAACUGGGUUCUAGAGGACAAGCAAGAGUUGAUCGACAUCAUCGAAACAAUCUACAAAGGUGCAAAGAAAGGACGGGGUUUGGUUGUUUCACCUAAAGACUAUUCGACAAGAUACAGAUACUAA